AUGCGUUCUACACUCGUUUCCUCGGCCGUGGUCGUGGGCUUGGCCACCUUCAUUUCCACUUCUGCUGCCAAACCCUACGUCGCAGCCGACGAGCUUGACUCCUUGGAACCCUUUCCCUGGGCCGACUGGGCCGACUGGUCCGAUUGGGGCGAUGACAGUGACGGGGACGACAUAAUAACGUCUACAAAGGUAUCUACCACAUCUACCAAGGUGUACACCACAUCUGUGAUUCCAACACCGAGUGUUGACCACCGUACGGAUCCGACUUGUCCGUACGCAAACACGCAACCCUUCGGGAGCAGGCAAUCCGACUGCGUCAGUUACGACUAUGUCUGCGGCCAAACAUAUGACGACAGUGACGACUUCCUGGACUAUUCCAUAGGAACACUCUCCCCCGAGGAGUGCGCGAAUCAGUGUGAUGAGUUGAACAGUGACCAUCCUGGACGCUGCGUGGGCGUCGUUUUUGAUCUCGAAAUGGACACGGAUAACUGCAAGUUCUUGACUAGUACGAGUGUGCCUCAGACGGAUGACCAUGUCGUCGCUCUGAUUCGUCAUUACACUCCGGGAUGCCACGCAACCUCAACUAUGAAGUCGACAACCGUCGUGACUACGACUUGGAUUGCACCCUUCGAAUCGUCGACAACAGCUGCUUACACAACUACCACAGGGGAGACAGCCAUCGAAUUCACCACUACGACGUUCAAGUGGACAAGGACCCCGACGUCGACGCCUGCCGAUGAAACGACAACCUCCUCGACCGUUGCCGAGACUUCGACUAAAGUGGCAGAAACCUCUACGACCUCUGCCGAAACAUGGGCCACCACGAUGCGAUGGUCGACUACGAUGGAAGACACCUCGACAACACCCACUAUCAGUAUGACCAGCACCACCGUGGUUGUCGGCGCCGUCACCACCUCGUCGGAGUACCCCACGACAAGCUCCCCGGCCAGAGAAACAACGUCAACGACAACUUGGGAGUCGACCACCACCUCAGAGACGACUACGACCUCGGAAGGUACUCCCUCGGAAUCAAGCACAACUUCUGAAAGAUCUACCUCGGAAACCGAGACCUGGACAACUACUGGUACAUGGUCCACAGAGACUACGACCAGCGCCACGAGUUCUGAAUCCACAACAACUGUUCCCCUUUCCACAACAUUGUCGUCCGCGACCGAAACAUCCCGCCCCACUUCGACCUUGAUUCAAAGCACAACGUCGAGCUCCUGCCGGGCCACGACCAUCUACGUUACGCCAGAACCCCGAGCAGCCAUCGUGACUACUGUCACCGCCACAGAGUACCAUACCAAGAUCAAGAAGGUCUGCGGCAUGCCUAGUGUCAAUCGUCAUAGAUGGCACUGGCAUUAG